CAUUACGUUCGGACACAGCUUCCGCUCAUCUUCCUUUCUACCGAGUAUCUAUAUAUCUCCCCAUAUAUAGUCCUCAUUCUCAUAAUUUGAUUUCUUUUGGGCUAAAUUCCAAUAUGAAUAUAACCCAUUUUCAUCCUCCUCAUGCUCAUCACCAUCUACUCGAGCUGAUUUCUCAAACCAAUCCGGAAAACUUCCGGUAUACCGACCCUAAAAACGAAGCUAAAUCGUUCCCCGGCAGUGCUUCCUCCGCCACCGGAGGAAGCACCGCCGCCGGUUUCUGCGCCAGGAGCCAUUGGAAGCCUCACGAGGACGCGAAGCUCAAAGAGCUCGUCGCCGUCCACGGGCCACACAAUUGGAAUUUCAUCGCCCGGCAUCUUCACGGAAGAUCUGGGAAGAGCUGCAGAUUGCGGUGGUUCAACCAGUUGGACCCGAAGCUGAACAAGGCGGCGUUCACGGAGGAGGAGGAGGAAAUGCUGGUGGAGGCGCACAGAGUGUACGGCAACAAAUGGGCCAUGAUCGCCCGCCUCUUCCCCGGCCGGACGGAUAACGCCGUCAAAAACCACUGGCACGUCCUCACCGCCCGGGACCACCGCCGCCAGCCUCCUCCGCCAGUCAUCGCAGUUUCCGGCGACAGCACCACCAGCAGCCCUAGUGGCUGUAAGAGGCGGAAGCAAGGAAACCUGGGCGGGGACUACCCCGAAAACCCCACCCCCGCCGCAGCGAAUGAUUCCUCCGCCGCGUAUGCCGCCGCCGGCCCGGUGGAGGAAGCCCGGUCGACGUGCACUCAUCUCAUCUCCCUCUCCCCUUCAUUUGGUCAUAAUCCGCCCCCGCCGCCGGACGACUUUCAACUCCUCCCGUCCGUUACAGGGUCAUCAUCAAGAAGAAUGGCGGUGGCGGAGGGCGGAGGAGGCGGCGGCCGAUCAGAGUCAUCAAACUCGGAGGUGAACCUCUGUAACCCUACGACUUUGCCGUUCGCCUUUGCUUUGGCUCGGGAAUUAUCCGCAUGUCACACUGAAGCAGAAGCUGUGUAUGCCCCAAACGCUCAGCAUCCAUGGCCUCCACGGCCUUCCCCAGCGGUUAUAGCAGGUUUGCCUACACCAAGUACACCUAAAAGCCGGCUCAAGUCCUGUCCUGCACUACCGAUCAUCCUUUGACUUCCCUCUUGCUAAUCGUGCAUGUGUCAGUUUAGGAGAAAGUGGAACGCAAUAAAAAAUUCUUAUGUUA